GAUGGCGAUGCCAAACGUAUACUGACUGUCCACCUGGGCGCCCGAGGUCGUGAUAGUUUACCUUUCCGCUGGUUCAAUGUACAUAUUGUUUCAUGCACAGAACUAUGGCAUGUAUUAAAUAAAACUACCUUCAGGGUAUAUGUACCAUAUAAGCUGUAAAUGUAAUAUAAAUAGAUUUUGUGUUUGGCUGGGUCCCAUCCUUAACCUAUCUCAUUCUAUACUCAAAAUCAUAAAAAUCAGGGCACUUCCGGCCCCAAGCAUUUCAGAUAAGGGAUGUUCAACCUGUAUACACCUCCAACUUUUCAAUUUCUCACGGCACAAGUUUGCUCCUGCUUCGAGGGUAUGGUGUGUGACUGACGGACGGUCACGCCCAAAGCGAAUGAGAAGCGACUAGGAUUUGAUCAAUGUUGCGUCUGUCAGCAGCUUUCUAAAGUCCAGUGGGUUGCAGAGCGUUCUAGCAGAACUGAAUCAGUAAAUCCCAAUCUCGCAAUUUUCAACAUUCUUAAAACUAUUAUAAGAAAAAGUGAAAAGAAAGUUGCUGAGAAGACUAAAUUAACUAGUGAACGAAAACUGCAGAAGGAGAUGUCUAAUCCUAUCAGACUGUACAAAAGACCGAUAAAAUCGCAGGGACAGUUGAGAGUUGCAGAAAACAGAACCAACAUGCACACGACCAUCCCACAUCUUCCAAAAAUCAACUCUGCUGUUGUUCAAGAGAAUGACGUAAAAGAGCAGCAAGUGCCAAUUUCUCAUAUUGCUGACUACUUCAUGGCGAGGAAGAAAACUCUUAAGUUGAAUGGAUUUCAUUGGCAGAGGGAAUAUGUUCCCAUACCUAGCAAUCUGCCAUUGGCAAUAAGGGGUUACAGGACUGGGAAUCGUGAUAAUAUGACGCAUAAAGAAAAAUGUAUAGGAAAUAGAAAAGGAAGAAAAUCUGGUCUUUCAGAAACCUGCACAACAAGAAAAAAUAUGCAAAGUUCUGCAGAAGGAUCAGCAGGUACAGAUUCAAAUAAUACUGGCUUGGACAGCAGUGAAGCUGAGGACAGCCCGCCUUUGAGACAAUACAAUGGACCAUUAAUAACCAAGUUCCAAACACAGGCAAGAACAAAGAUGGCAGCAAGGUUCCAGGGAGGACUUGGGUACGCAGUGGAUGGUGGCAGGAGUUUAAAUGUGAAGAGUGUAAAAAGUGCUAACAUUGCAAAUAGCUCAUCAGACUCUGUUGCAAGAAUGAAGUGGACAAAAAGCUUUAUGAGAAAAGCUGUUAAUAGGCAGCAAAGACCUUCGGCAACUUCACUUGCAGAGAAAGGAAAUACCAGGACUGAACUGGAACAAGACUGCUGUGCAAAUGGAUUUACCUUGGAUUUGGAGCUCAAGCACAGACCUGUAAGUCCGGCUGCAAACUGUAAUGUACCUACGGGCUCGGACAUGUUGUGCUUUGAUGAUAACUGUGUUCACAAUUUAGAAAAUGUCAAUGGGGAGAAAGGAGAUGAUCCAGCUGCAGAGUUAAUAUCUAAAACGACUUUCCAGAACCCAGACGGUCACAAUUUCUUUCCUGUGACUCCAAAUUGUGAGAGCUAUGAAGGAAAAAUGAAACAAGUAAUUAAAGAGCCUGUCAGUAAACAUCAACAGAUUAAAGCAAGCUCCUCUGUAGUAACCAGUUUAAGCAAAUCAUCUGUGAAGUCACGUUCAAACAAAAUAUCUGGGAAAACAGCUUGCUGCAGUGCAGUCAGCAAAUACUCUGAUAAAGAUUCCAAAGUUAGUUCUGGUGCGAGUGAAGAUGGUGGAAGUGAAGAGCACACUUUUGACCUGAAUCAGAUUUUGCAAGAGAGGGGGGCCAGCAUAUGUGCCAACACUCGAGUGCUCUUGAAGUGUGGUGUGGGACACCAUAAUCAGAAGCAACCUCUAAAGUCUUCGCUGAAGAAGUCACUUGACUGGCGUGCUCAUUCUCAAACAACAACUGUACAUCUCCCCAAGACUGGAGAGCAGUGGAGUGCUUCUUGUGUAAAUCAAACUUUAGACAGAAGCAUGAAAGCUUGUUUACGAACUAGACUUGAACCACUCCAUCGAUCAUUAAACCAAACCGCACAAGAUUUUGUAUGCUCAGUCCCCGAGGAAUCCACAGAGUUUUGUACAAAGUUCUGUGAUCAGAAGCAGUACAGGAAGCUAAGACAACAUUGCCAUCAACCUUCUAAUCAUUGUCGUCGAAAUGUCUGCAAUCUGGAAUUGCAGACUGCAACACAGCAGAGAUUGGAGCGAUUAUGUUACUAUGGCACAGUGGAGCAAGGAUUCGGCAGGGAUAGGGACAUGAAUGCAAAUGCAAAUACGCAUUCUAAUCAAUUUUGUCAGAGGGAAAACCACACAUUUCAGCCCAACGAUGAACCACAGCAUUUACAAUUCCCUCAGCCGCGAGAUUUAAUAUGGUGUAAAAGUCCCUCAGCAAAACGUACGGUUGAACUAUGUAGUUCUCAUGGUGACGAAGUUCCGAAAAUAACCAUGACGUGUCCUACUCCAAUCCCAUGCAGAACGCCAUCUUAGCGAGAGGCAAUCUAGAAGUUUGUCAGUUUUUCAGCUGAUGUCUGUACAUUGGCAGGUAACUGCAGGAGAGUUUAUUUAACAAAGAUGGGAUUGGGAGGGGAGACUGCAAAAGGUACAGUGACGAGGAACUGAUGAAGAGAUGCUAGUGUUCAUUGUCCUUUCCCUGUUUAUUCUCCGACUCCAAGCUACACCCUAUGGAAGUCACUUUCCAGUCGAAAGGUAGGAGUGGCACGGUAGUGUAGUGGUUAGCACAACGCUUUACGGUACAGGUGACCUAGGUUCAAUUCCCACCACUGCCUGUACAAAGUGCGUACAUUCUCCCCGGUGCUCUAGUUUCCUUCCACAGUCCAAAGACUUGUCAGUUGCUAGGUUAAUUUGUCAUUGUAAAUUGUCCCAUGAUUAGGGUUGAAUCAGUGGAUUGCUGGGAGUUGCAGCUCGAAGGCCCAGAAGGGCCUAUUUCAUGCUGAUCUCAAUAAAUAUAUAAAUAAAUACAAAUUAAAAAAAUCAAAACAUGUGGAAAUCCUCUCCAAAGACAGUGUUUACUCUAUAACGUUCUAAACAAUAAAUUUAAUGCACUUUGUCUUUAUAAAAAGAAAGAUUCCUAUAUAAAAAUUUGAGAAUUGUUUUAUAGACAAUUCCCAUAACAUUCACCUGAACAGGCAGUCCUAAACAUGCUUCCCCUGCUCUGUACUGUUAGCCUAGUAAUACAUCCUAAGAAGUGCCUUACAAUGGGAAGUCAUGGAAGUUGAGGACAAGCAGCCAUAAGAGUGAGCAAGAAUUUGGCCAGUCCACUUGACUGUCCUGUCAAAAUGCAUCUGUCCUUUCAGUAGCAGGGACUGUGAAUCAUACAAAGGACUUAUCCACACAGAGCCAUUGUGGAAGCAAAUCAAUCUUAAUCCCAAGAGACUGUCAGAAAGGUGGAAGACCGGAAAGUUUCAAUGAAUAUGUAGCUUUUCAUUUAGCUGAGAACUUCCCUUUUAAGCCAUGAUCCGUUGGUCCAAGUUAACACACAGUUUUGCUCUGAUUUUGAACAUAAUGGUCUCUCAAUUCUUGAGGCUGAGAAAUGCUACAUUCUUCAUGCUUGUGAUAGAAGUUAUGUGGGACCAUGCUUGGGCCAUUCCCCACUUUAAUCAUUCUUAAAAAUUUUAUUCUUAAUAAUACAUUUGUAAUGGGAGGGCUAAUCUGAUGGGCACACGAUUUGUCCAUCCAAAUGUGGUGAGGUGUUUCAUAAUGUGCAAAACAACCGUCCUAAUUUUGGCCAUGCGAGACAGGCAAAUAGAUCCUUGGCAUCAAUAUGAUGCUUGACUGUGGUGGGAGCUCAGCUGAAUAACACUUAAAUCAAUUACAUUCUGGAAACUGGGCAGUUUUUAAAACUGUCAAAUGAUCACAGGCCCAAUUUCUGGAGAGUCUCCAAAAGGAAAUUUCCUUCAGCUGUUCAUCUGCAGUGUAAGUACUACUGACCUCAAUGCAUUUUUGAGGUCAGGAGCAAAGCCACCGGCUGGAGGUGCUUUCUUCCCAUUCAAGAGGCAUCCCAAAACUGCCUGUCCAAAAAUUUGUUUUUAAUUGGUGCAAGAACUAACUCAGCCUUCAUAGUUCAUGAAAUAGAAUCUCAUUUCUUAUUAGACAGGCCUUAAGAAUCAUUGAGCAUAGAAACAGGCCGGUCAUCCCACUAAGUCUGUGAUAUCACACACUCUAUUCUCCCCACAUUCACAUCAACUCUCCCAAGUUUCUACCACUCAUCUACACAGCAAGGGCAAUUUACAGUGGCCAUUUAAAGGGGUGUGUGAUGAAACUAGAGCACCAGGUUGCAAGAUUUCAUUAAAAAAUUAAUUUCAAGUACAACUGGAUUUGAAUAAAUUGUAAUGAAUGCUUCCAGUCUGAAGCAAAGUUUAAAGUUCUUUAAGCAUAAGUUGUGUGACUGUGAAUGUUGGUAUUCCACACAAAAAAUUUAACAUUUUUUAACAUUAACAUGUUAACAUUUUUUCAAAUAUAAACAUAAGACAAUGGAAUUGUUAAAAAAUGUUAAAAAUGUUAAAUUCUUAGUUUGGAACAAAUUUCCCAAUAAUUCAGUAUUUUAUAUUGCAUUUGACAUAUUUGAAUGAAAUCACCUUUGCUGCACCUUCUGUACAGAUGAUUUGUUGAUUUAGGCACAAAAUGACUCAAACAUAUCUUUCACACGUAAGGCAGUAUGUAAAUAUUUCUCAAUAGGUUUCAAUAGGUACAUAUAACGUCAGGGAAACGUAUACAAUAUACGUACUGAAAUUCUUUUUCUUCUGUGAUUUAUUUAGAAUGCUGAUAUUUAACUGCUAGUUCAUGGUAACCAUGUAAAAUAAAUUUUACAAGGAAAGUGCUGUAUCAAGUUGAAAUGCCUGACUAACAUAUACAUUUUGGCAGAUACCAACUUGGCAAGGAACCGGUUUUUGAAAUUCUACAUCUAUCGAGCCAACCUGAAUUCGUAGGUUAUAUGAAUGUAUUUUGUGCUUCUGUGUCAUUAUUUCAGGC